GUGGUCACCUGGAACGUGGGCACAGCCAUGCCCCCGAACGAUGUGACAUCCCUGCUGCACCUCAACACGGGCGAGACAAACGAUGCGGACAUGAUUGCCAUUGGGCUACAAGAGGUGAACUCUAAGAUAAACAAGCGCCUGAAGGAUGCCCUCUUCACAGAUCAGUGGAGUGAGCUCUUCAUGGAUGUACUGAGCCCCUUCCACUUUGUCCUGGUCAGCACAGUGCGGAUGCAAGGUGUGAUCCUACUGGUAUUUGCCAAGUACUACCACCUCCCUUUCCUGCAGGACAUCCAGACGGACUGCACGAGAACAGGACUGGGAGGCUACUGGGGCAACAAGGGUGGGGUGAGCAUCCGUCUCUCCAUCUUCGGCCAUAUGGUCUGCUUCCUGAACUGCCACCUGCCAGCACACCUGGAGAAGGCGGAGCAGCGCAAGGAGGACUUUGCCACCAUACUGCACAUGCAGCAGUUUGAGGGGCGUGCGGCCAGCGGCAUCCUGGACCAUGACCUUGUGUUCUGGUUUGGGGACCUCAACUUCCGCAUCGAGAGCCUCGACAUCCGCUUUGUGAAGUACGCCAUCGACAGCAACAUCCUGAGCCAGCUCUGGGAGAAGGACCAGGGAUUGACUGCGUGCUGGGGACGGAGAGGUCUUGGGGGCUUGCAGAGGGGUCUGGCCAUGGGGGCUGGUGUGCUCCCUAACCCAUUCUCUUUCCCACAGCUGAACAUUGCCAAGAGCACCUGGCCUGUCCUUAGCGGCUUUCAGGAGGGACCUCUGAACUUCCCACCCACCUUCAAGUUUGAUGUGGGCACCAACAAGUACGACAGCAGUGCCAAGAAGCGGAAACCUGCCUGGACUGACCGCAUCCUCUGGAAGAUCAAAACUCCCAGUGUUGGGCUUGGUGUGGGUGGGCGCCGGCCCAGCCAGGGUGUCCUGUCGGUGAGCCAGCUCUGCUACUGCAGCCACAUGGAGUACACUGUCAGCGACCACAAGCCAGUAGCUGCCCUCUUUGCAGUGCAGUUUGCUUCCAAGGCAGACAAGCCCCCGGUUGAGAUUUAUGUGGCUGAUGAAUGGAGCAGGCCUGAGCAAGCAGUUGUCAGGUACAAGAUGGCUGCUGCCUUCCACCGGAGCUCCUGGGACUGGAUAGGACUCUACCGGGUGGGCUUUCGGCAUCCUAAAGACUACGUGUCUUAUGUCUGGGCCAGGGGUGAUGAUGGAGAGCGCUGCCCAGAGAAGCCGCUGUGUGCACAGGUGAUGUUCUCAGAGGAGGCGCUGCCCAAGGGGAAGGGCGAGUACAUCCUUGGAUACUACAGCAACACCUCCAGCAGCAUCGCUGGUGUGACUGAGCCCUUCCAGAUCUCCUUGCCCAGAUCAGAAGAGGGCAGCAGCCCCACGGACAGCUCAGGCAGCAGCUCGGAAGAGGAGGAUGACAGCACACUUGUCCUGCUGGCCCCCAAAUCCCGUAGCCCCAGUCCAGGCAAGAUGAAACGGCACCGGAGCCGAAGCCCCAGCCUGGCCAAGUUCCAGGGCCUCAUCCUGCGGCCAUCGAGCCGGGACAGGGGUAUGAGCCGCAGCCCUUCACCCCAGAGCCGCCGAGGCCUUCCCGGGGACAUCCCCACCAUUCACCUGCCCCAGGAGGAGCCAGGGUGCCGUGGAGCCAAAGCCAAGGAGCCAGGGUGGGCAGCUGACAGCCAGGAGGGCAACUCCCUCUACCAGACUGUGUGGGAGCAGGGUGGGCCCCGGCGUGUUUCUAUAGACAGCCCCCUGGGGAGGGCUGACCCCCGAAACCUGGGCCUGCUGCCUGCACUCCGCCUGGAGAUGAUCGACCAGGCCAUGGGCCGGCGGAGGGAGAGCACGGACCAGGGUUACCCCUGCCAGAGGAUGAGCCCCACCAGCCCUCCAGGCUGUGGCACCUCCCCAAAGGAGGGUAGCAGCCCCCAGGAGCUGGACAGCCAUAGCUGUGCCAUGGGCCGCUGA